UUGAAAGUAAACACGUAAAAGUCUCUCGUAACCAAUUUCGAGGUAACGCCACUUUCGAAAUAAAUAUUAAAGUCGAUCAAUUGUGCAGGUGUGGCAAGCAUUAAUGGCAAUCAAAUAACGGCAUUUCAAAGUCCUCCCACCGUUGCCCCAAUUCAGAUACUUUUAAGAUCAAGAUACAUAUCUAGACCCCGUGUGUGUGUGUUUUGGUAAUAAAGCCAAGUGCAUUUAUUAAUCUACCAAAAUGAGCAAGCCAGGCAGCAGUGCGCCACCGCAGUUCACCUAUGUGCCGCCUCCCUCGGCGCCACCGUCCUACCAAGAGGCCGUGGGCGGAGUGAAGCCUGUGGGUCCCUACACCCCGGUGGCAAACACCACGAUUGUGACCACUGUGGUGCCCAUUAGCCGAACUUCGACCCACAUGAUCUGUCCUUCUUGUCAUGCUGAGAUCGAGACGACGACCCGCACAGAACCCGGAAUGAUUGCCUACUUGUCUGGAUUUCUGAUUGCAUUGUUCGGUUGCUGGCUGGGAUGCUGCCUGAUACCCUGUUGCAUCGACGACUGCAUGGAUGUCCACCACACGUGCCCCAACUGCCGGGCGUACCUGGGCCGCUAUCGCCGAUAAUCCGCUGUUCCGAAUCCAAAUGAAUCUGGAAGCUCCAAUAUCACCGUGGUGUAGGCGGCUUACUUUAAGAGAGCGUUUUGCCUUUAUUUAUUUAAUUGUAGAAAUGUCAUUCGGAUUCCGACGAGACAAGGCUUCCCCUAAUCUAACGCUAACUUUUCUAAAUUGCUCAAACCGUCUUACCCCCCUUUUGGGUCGUUUUUAUUUGGCAUAAGCUAACUUUUUACCUGUUGAAUGAACGUUGCUGCCACAGACUAAAGAUAGGUAUAUAUAUGUAUGUAAAUUAUACGGUCCAGCCAUCCGCGGAUAGAUUACUACAAAAUUGAAAUAAACUUGCUUUUGGACGCGAAGUCGGCCCGGAACAAUAAGCACUGCGAGACGCGCUUAUAAAUAUCA